CAUACACAAAUACAGAAACGGCAGCCACAACACACAACCCAGAACCCACAACAUGAUGACCGGAUCGAGCUCCCGAGUGUUCAUCAUGCCCGGCGCCGGCCAUGUCCACUACCUCGUCGCGGGAGGCUCCGGAGGAGGCGACGACCCCAGGUACCCCUGGACCUUCAAGUCCCUGCACGAGGUGGACGCCGUCGUCCCUGCCAUCGCCCGUGGAGCACCGGUAGGGCCUGACGGGUGCCCCAUCUGCUUCCGCACAUUCGCCAGUGCCAAGGCCGUCCAUAGCCACAUGUGCAGCCACACGGACCGCAGCUGGCGCGGCAUGGAGCCGCCCCGGGAGACACCCCUGGGCGAGCUCGGGCCGGACGGGCAGCGUUACCCGUACGUGUGCGACCGCUGCAAGUUUCCGUUCCAGACGCGGCAGGCGCUCGGCGGCCACCGCGCCAGCCACAAUGGUAAGAAAGGCUGCUCCUGGCUCGAAAGAGAGGAGCUCGCCGCCGCCGAAGAAGCUCGGAAGCCCGUCGUGUUCGACGUUGAUCUGAACCUUCCGGCUCCGGAGGCAGAGGAACAUGAGGAGGAGUAG